GGGAAAAUCAAGUAGAGUUUGAAUAUUUCAGGCACCGUCAAGGUUAAAUUAAAAGAGAAGCGGGGGAAAUAUCCAGGUUUUCAGUUUGCUUUUUCCCAAUCUGGGUUCCCUGAGCACACUUCAUGGACUGUGAAAAGAUUUACACCCUCCUACCACCACUGUCCGCAAGUGAAGAAGAAGCUUUUUUCUCAUGUGGUAAACACUGUUUGUGACUCUCUGCCCAGCUGGAGACUGUGAGAUUUCAGAGAUCUGUGGAGGAAGACUGGCUAGUAGCUCUACUGGUCUGGUCUACACCAUUAGCAGGAGGAGAAGGAAAAUGGCCACAGGGCUAGGAAAUGCCUCAAGUCUAACUGUGCCUGAGCAGAAGAUGAAAGUGGAGGAGCCAGAUCUGUCCGAACGGGGGCCAGGGAAAGGCCCUUCCGUCAUCCAGGCUGGGAAGCUUCAGGAAAUUUGGGAAAGAAAUAAGUCAGAGGGCGUUAAAGAAGAGCCACAGAAGGGGUCGCAGCAGCCCUGGGAAGCCCAGUUGCAGGAGUUCUUGAAGGUAAUGGAGUCCUCUGAUUCAGACGGGAGAAACCCACAGCUGCUUGGGUUGACGUUACGGGAAGAGGCACAGAUGAUUCUUCCUCUGUCUGCAGGAGUGACAGAUGCCAGGACACCUCUGAGGAGAGAGAGGGCGACUUGUUUGCCAUCGCACCUGAGGAGAAAAGCCCUGCAGUUGGAUAAUGAGGUGUUGGCUGAAGCCCAGGCAAACCAUGGGAAAGUGAAGGAAGAGAUCCUAGAGGAAAAAGAGGUGGAGGGGGCCUGGAGCUCAGACACAAAGCGCCAACGCUUUAGGCAGUUUGGCUACCAAGAGGCUGAGGGACCUCAAGAGGUUUGCAAACAGCUCAGAGAACUUUGUUACCAGUGGCUGAAGCCAGAGAAGCGCACCAAGGAGCAAAUCCUAGAGCUGGUGAUCCUGGAGCAGUUCUUAACUAUCCUGCCCCAGGAAAUGCACAGCUGGGUCAUGGAAAGUGGGCCGGAGACCUCCUCCGAAGCAGUGACCUUGGCAGAGGAGUUCCUGCUGAGGCAGUGUGAGGACAAGAGGCAAGGCGAGCAGAGGCUGGGACCAUGCCAGGAAAUAGGACGGAACCUCCCCGAGGCAGAGAGCGUGCUGUCAGCUACCUGGAAGAGGCCCUGCUCCAAGGGCAUCAAGCAAGAAAGCGAGAGAGAUGGGCCUUUGCUGGGGGGUCUGCACAAGGAGGUACAGGUGCUGGGGUAGACCUCGUCUGCUGAGACCCUGGUGAGCUGCUGCCGGUCAGAGGAAACGAUACUGAGCUGGAUGAACCAAUGUCUGGCUUGGUGUAUGGUGGUUUCAUAGGUUCAUCAUAUCAAGAAGAAUCAACUUGAGUUUUUUAAAAAAAACAUUUAGGCCUCCCAUUUUUCCCGCGAAGGUUUUUGAGACAGCGCCUACAUAAAAUUGAAAAUUAAAACAAUCUGAUAAAUAAUCAGUGAUGCAAUAGCAACCUUCAGCCUUGCACUUUCAUCCCACCCUUUCCCCAAGGAUCUCAUGACAAAGCAAUCCGUUCUUCUGCCCUCCAUUUUAUCCUCACAACAACAAGUGGGUUAGGUUCAGUGUGAGUGAUCCAUAAAACCACCCAAUGGGAGUUGUGACUGACAGAAGAUUUGAACCUGGGUCACCCUACUUCUGUAACAUCUGUUCUGACCGGCAGCAGCUUUCCAAGCCCUCAGGCAGAGAAAAGUCUUCCCCAACACUGGAGUCCUUUAUCUGGAGAUGCCAGAGACUGAUCCUGGACCUUCUCCAUGCAAACUGAGGGCUGUAACCGCUGAACUGUGGUCUCAUUCUUAAUUUGAGUUUCACUUUUUCUUGGGGCUGGCAAACACACAUCUGUAUUUUUUCCAUUCUAGCUGCUUCUGAAAUGGCAUGUUGGAAGGAGAAAAAUGAGCCAGGAAAUUCCAAGGAGUCAGACACAACGGAGCAAGUCAUUGCCCAUCAUUGUG